AAAAAUAAACGAUAUCGUUUACUUUUUUAAAUGUGGCCAUACUUUGCUUUGACUUGUCAGUGUCAUAUCAUACGUCAAAAUUGGGAAGCUAGGUUAUGUAGAUUGCAGUGCCGCUUUGAAUAAUCGCCGUUAUAUUUUAUUGAUAAAAGAGUGCCUAAAGCAAGAAUAAACUUUAAAUGUCGUUUCUUUGUUUACAGAGCAACACAUGAAGUUAUUCUUUGUUCCAAUUCAUACCAACAAAAGUGAAAUCAUCUUAUAAAACGACAUUUCUAGUUACAAGAUUCAAGGGAAGAUGACGAAACUUCGUUUUGAGUUCACAAUACUACCUGGAAGUGACGAAAAAACAAAUGUCUGUUGUGUAACGUCAAUAACCACCGAGGACAACAAGAGUUAUGCAUUACCGGACGGAUUGCAGUCAGUUAGCCAGCACAAAGAAUUGAUAAAGACAGCGGCGUAUAGUAAGGUGAAAAAUAGUCUGUCGAAGAGGUACCAGACAAGAAGAAUUUGGAUCUCGCUGACCGAGGAACUGGAGCAAAUUUAUAUGGAUGAGGAUGGCAAUGUACAGUUUGCAGACAGAUACCUGGAGGAAUUAAAUCAGGACCAAUGUGCUUCUACUACACCCACUGCUGCCGGCACAAAAGGGACCAAUACUUUAGAAAAAUUGUUAGAAAAAUUAAUAGAAAGUACACAGGAAAGUAAACAACCGAGCUUGAAGAAUAUUGCGGACAAGUUUGUGAUAGAGAAGUUUACUACCAAGCAUUCUAAUGCAACUCAAUGGAUGGACAUUUUUGAAAAGGAAUGUGAGCGCUUCCAGAUAUCAGAUGAAAAUAAGAUUGAAGUUCUUAGGCUCUUUAUGGAUAAAAGUUGUGUAGAUUGGUACAGUUCCAUGGUUAUAAAAUUGACUAUGAAGGCAGAAUGGUCUGAGUGGAGGAAAAAAUUUUGUGAAUCAUUUGUUAGCAAAGGGUGGAGCCCAGUUACAUAUGCAUUACUGUAUAAAUAUAAGGAUGGCUCACUGUUGGAUUAUGCUAUAAAGAAAGAAAGGCUUUUACUUGAUAUGAGAAAGUCAAUUGAUUCGGGUACAUUGGUGGAUCUUAUUGCAGUUGGUUUGCCGGAGUACAUAUUAAACAAAAUUGAUAGAGAAGCGUUGAAGGACACAGUUGAGUUGUUCAAUGAGGUAAGCAAGUAUGAACAUAUGGUUAACAAAAAAAGUUAUGUAUUUAAGAGGAAAUAUGGACCCUCAAGAACAAGUUUCAAGAAUGAGGAUCUAAAGCCGUGUAAAAUCUGUGAAAGUUUAAACAAAGGCACCCGUUAUCACUCUGAGACUGCAUGUUGGUUUCGUACUAAAGAAGAUGACAAAGUAAAGAAGAACUUCAUUAAACAUGUGAAUAAUGCAGUGAUAGAGGCAGAGUUAAAUGAAUCUGUUCCAAAAAACGAAUAAUAACACCACUAAUUAAGGUCAGAAUACUAGUAAAUGAUAAACAUCAGAUAAAUGCAGUUUAUGAUCCAGGUUCAGUUGUUUCCAUUAUAAAUUCUAAACUCUUAAGCCUAAAAGGGAAAGGAAACGAAUUGAACGAAGAAAAUUUAGUUUUAAAAUUGGGAAGCUAGGUUAUGUAGAUUGCAGUGCCGCUUUGAAUAAUCGCCGUUAUAUUUUAUUGAUAAAAGAGUGCCUAAAGCAAGAAUAAACUUUAAAUGUCGUUUCUUUGUUUACAGGUCGGUAUUGUUAAUAAUAAUUACAUACGAGUACAAUGUAGAUAAAACCUUGUAGUAUUAU